AUGUGCAAAAAGACGAAAGCCGACUCGGAUCACCUUCACUGGACAAGGUCGGCGUUGGGUGCCCGGCACCGCGAUACGAAAAGUUGGAAGAGAGGCGACGAAGAGCCACCAACCAGCGAACCACUCGGUCGAAAUACGGUGUUGAGGUCAAGGAGGUACUUGUCGAACAACGAACAGUGGCGUUAUGACAAGUCUUCAAAGUUCAUCUGCAUCCAAAGGAUCGGCAGAAUAAAAACCACCCCACAUCGUUGCAUCGUACUUAAGUAGAUUGGCGCGACGCUGGAAGAUUGCUGUCAGGUCCAAGAUACGCGUCAGGAUCGACCGGGCCGUAUGGAGACAACGGAUGACCGGUGCGAGAUCUGGCAUGUCCACAGGAGGGUCAAUCGCGAUUCGAUCUUCAAUCUCAGAGCUAGAUUUGGGAACCCCUCAUCGACGCGUCGAGGACUCGGAGAGGUGAUGAGAUACGCGAGAUGAUGCUUCGCGGUCGUUGUGUCGGAGUCUUCGUA